AUGCCGGGUGCAAGAGUUGGUGAUGAAACCGAACCGCCUGCACACAAACGGAGCAUUAUCUCAUGGACAAGUGAGUCCUUAUUUUUAUCUAACUGUGCCAGAAAUUCUGUUUCAGGCACUCCCACAAAACACAAGGUGAAGUACUACAUAACAUGCAGUUUUCUGUUGUUUCUGAUUCUACUCGUACUUUUCGCGUAUGUCUGUUCGUUGGCGAACAUGUCCACUGCGUUCGGAUUACUCGGCAGUAGAGGAUUAGGUUUGUUCAUAUUUUAUUUUUAGAGUUUCAGACAAACAUGAAAGUUUCAGGAAAAGCGAUCCAGGAAUCGCCACUAAUCAACGAUCCGAUAUCAGCGGUAGUCGUCGGAAUGCUUGCAACAGUUGUACUCCAGUCGGCGACCACGACAACGAACAUUUUGGUGACAAUGGUGGCAGCUAACAGUGAGUGUCGAGGCGAGACGAUCCGUUUUAAUCUUCUUCCGCAGUGAUCACCGUACACGAUGCGAUCCCCGUCAUGAUCGGAAGUGAACUUGGAUCUUCGCUGGUUAAUGCGAUGGUUUCACUUGCUUACUCGGGCAAACCUGAACAGUGAACGAAUUGAAACGAAGCAUCCGAAGAACAUUUUUACUUCAGAUUCCGGCGUGCAUUUUCUGCUGCUAUUCUUGGUGAUGUGUUUAACAUUUGUGGUCUCUUCGUCAUUUUCCCAAUGGAAAUGUUCACCGGUCUCAUCGAAAAAGUGUCCUGGUGGAUUGUCGAUCCGCUGAUCUCUGAACAAGGCCUAAGUUUCAAAACGUUGGAACUAUUGACAGAUCCAAUUAACAACUUCAUUCUACAGGUUUUGUUGUUUUUAUUCGUCUUUUUCCCACGCAAAACUUAUUUCUUCAGGUGAACGAGGCCGAACUUUUAAACGCGACAAUCCGACCAGAGAUGUUCGCUGCAAAUCAUUCGUUCGUCCAACGGUGCAGUUUUCCGAACGAUACACGCAUUUAUAACUGUAAGUAAAAUAAGAAAAAUAAUGCAAAAAACGCCAAAAAGUUCGGUGCCUCAUGCUGGAAUCGAACCAGCGACCUUCUGUUUACUAGACAGACGCUCUGCCACUGAGCCAAUGAGGCGCAUGAGAGGGAUGGGAGCGUUUGCGUUUACCUACGCGGCGGUUGCCGGGUCGCGCCGACAGAGGAACGAGAAAGAAAACAUUGCAGGCCCGUACAACCAUCUCUUUGCAUACACUUCUCUUUCGGACAAGAGUAUUGGAUGGAUCGUGCUGUUUAUUUCCAUUUUCUGCCUUGUUAUGUGCCUCGUCGGAAUCGUUUAUCUCAUUCAGGUAAGGAAACGAUGCUUUUACUCAAAAUUCAAAAAAAAAAGCAAAGUAAUAGUAUUGUUUUCUUUCAGAAACUUCUGGAUGGACACGCCGCCAACUACGUGCGCAGUCUCCUGUCAAAGCAAUGUCCCGGCAUGUGGAAACCGUGCACCGGAUACCUCGUGAUGCUUGUCGGACUUGUUGUUACCAUCCUGGUAGAACAUCAAAAUAUGACUUUGAGAAAAAGGUAGAACAUGUUUUCAUUCUCAGAUCCAAUCGAACAGUAUAUUCUCGUCGUCUCUGACGCCAUUGGUCGGAAGCGGUGUGGUGACACUUGAGCAAAUGUAUCCUCUGGUUUUGGGAAGUAACAUUGGUACUACAUUCAGUGGAGUGCUCGCUGCUUUCUCAACAGAUCCUACCAGAUUUGAGAAGUACACAAAAUGAUCUGACUAAACAGAAUUGAAAAGAAACAAAUUGCAGGGCUCUUCAUAUGGCAAUGUGUCAGGUCAUUUACAACGUUAUCGGAACGUGCUUGUUCUACAUUAUACCUUGCACACGAAAGUUUCCAGUAUAUUUAUCAAUCAAUCUCGGAAUUAUUACCGAUGAGGUACAUUUCGUCAAAAAAUGUUGAUAAAUAGAGUUUUCAGUAUCGCUGGUUCAUUAUCGUCUUCAUAAUGACUUUCUUCAUCAUCAUUCCAUUCACUAUCAUCGGACUCACCUUACUACCGGACAAUGUCAUCGUUAUUGUCUUCAUCGUCCUGCUGAUCAUUGGAAUCAUAUGCUGCUUCAUUUGUGUGCUUCAAGUAACGUGAUCUCCCACCGGCCUAAACUAAAAACAUGCAUUUUCAGAACAGUUGUGUGGAAUUUCUUCCGGGAUUUCUUCGGAAUUGGAAGUUCCUGCCAAUCUGGAUGAGAUCUCUCGAGUUCUACGAUCCGUUCAUGUCCAACAUUUUCACCCGACUACCGUACAUUGGCGGAUUCUUCCGGAAGGGCGGCUCUUAUAGGCGGCGGAAGGAAAGAAAGGAUUCAGAAGAGAACAUGGAGCAGAAGGUUCAGAAACUGGUUCAACUCAGCGGGCAUACACAAGUCUAA